AUGGAGUUGAGCGCGAGCAGCAGUGGUUCCGAUGUGGGUGAUGCUCUUGCUUGGGAAGAUGCAUCCAUGGUCUCCGAGCGAAGUGACCAACAACGACGCAAUUCAAGCAAGCAAUGGACAAGUAUAAUGCAGUUUGGCAGCUUUCACGACGCAAAGGACUACCUCAACAUCUCUACCUCAUUCAGCCACUUGGAAUGCCCCCACGAACUUCGAAUUGUUGCUGAGCAAUCCUACGCCAACCUUGAAGACUCCGGCCUGGAACAUGCAGCCGAACAAGAUGACGACUCAAGCGGCAUCCACCCUCAAAACUCAGAUAAUGACUCGUCGCGCAAGAAAAGUGGAGGCUGGGAAAUCUCCAAUUUGGCUGAUUUGAUCACGUGGGGACAAGCACAUCUCUGCGCAACCAAGGAGUCAUUCUUCGAUCGCGAAGAAACAUUCGUGUACGAAGAAUUCAUUGAGCUCGACAACGCGUACAGGCACAAAUUGAUUGUCCUUGACAUUAUCGAGGGCACAUUCACCAGCGACAGCGUCGAAAGUACGUACGCUGGGUUAGUCGUGACGUCCCGGCAAAACAUGUGGAACAUUGCAUGGGCGAGAGACCGUCAAGGCGACAGUUUGACCAUUGCAACUGAUGGAACUUACAAGCUUCACUUUGGUGGUUGGACGUUGAUAGAUUUGGGCGCUGUGUACACGCGAUACACGAGUGGUUCUUUUCGGCACCGCUUCCUACCGUGGACGUAUAUAUUUGUACGAGUGGAAUGCGAAGAGGUGUACUUCAAGCUCUUUGACGUGACCGCCACGAAGUUUGAGGAAUUCUUCGACACUAACCUCAUUCCUGCCACAGCAUCGAUCGACCAUACACGAGUCGUGCUACGUUCACAUGAAGCAGCGUAUGUGGCUUGCCGGUCGCACCACCAGUUUCACGUGAUUGCCGCCAUUUGCCUGUCGGAAUGGAUGGUCGAUCUAGGCGAAAUCGAGUUGUCGACAUGGUUUCGUGAUGUAUACCUUUCUCCGCCGUGGGACCAGUGGUUUUCAACAGCGUCGAACUGUCCAGGAGUUAUGCCGCAUCAGCAGCAUAUCGAAAGUCAUCACAAAAGCAUCAAAAUCGUAUACGCACAUGAACUCAGAGCAACAACAAGCGUGGUUCUCGAACAUACACUCCCUCGCGUCCUUGUAUCGGAUGGACUUGAAAUCAACACCUCGCCGGACUUAUGGGACGAGUCACCAGUGUCAACAACAAUAUUGGAGAAGGCGCUGCUUGUUGAACAAGUCAGCCACCUGCAUCAAGUUGCGGCGUCAACAGUUCUCUUCAACAGCACCACCCAUAUGCGCAAGAAGAUAACGAGCACUCGUUCAAAAGCUACUCCCACAACUGUUACUAUGUCAUUUUGGCUUGCGUAG